UGAAAAAGUGAUACAAGAUGGCGGUACUGUAACAUUACAAUUGUCAUUUGUCACAAGUCACAACAAAUAGCAAAAACACAAAUCACUUGUUUGGUUUUCUCGAUUGUGUUAUUGGUAAACAAAAAACACAAAUAAAAUACAGUAGGCAAACAAUGAUGUUCCAACAAAUAUUUCGUCUUGCAAGUUGUUAUCGGAACCGGUUUAUCUUUUAUUAUCUACCCGGAAUAUUUAUAAGAAGACAUUUAUCAGCAAAAAAGUUCGUUUCAGCUCCCGUAGUAUCUCUAGGUCUUUGGGGAUUUGCAAAAAAAGAUGAAUUUGAUAUAAAUUCUAAAAAAAGCAAAGAAUCUCUUCUAGCCAAGGCCGAUGCACUCUAUGAAAAUCAAGAGUACCAAAAAGUUUAUGAUAUUUUGAAUAAUUAUCGGGACUCUAAGGAUGUGGAAGUGUUGUGGAGACUUUCCCGGACUCUUUACUACAUGGCAAAGACAGCAAGUGAUGUUGAGGCAAAAAAAAUGAUUUAUGAAGCUUACAAUUUAGUAAUAGAAGCUUCUUCAAUUAAUGAUAAUCACUGGGCUGUUCAUAAAUGGAUUGCGAUUUUAAUUGAUAGCAAAACUAAUUAUGAAGGGAUGAAAGAGAAAAUAAAAACGUUGAAUAUUGUUAAGGAUCACAUGCUGAUAGCAAAUAAAUUAAAUCCUAAUGAUGCAACGACGCUGCAUAUUCUUGGUCACUACUGUUACUCAGUCGCAGAUCUUGCGUGGUAUCAAAAAAAAAUAGCAUCUGCGAUCUUUGGCAAAGUCCCGGAUUCAUCAUUCGAAGAAGCCCUGACAUAUUUGGAGGCUGCUGAAAAAGCAGAUCCAUUGUUUUAUAGUCAUAAUCUUUUGCUUCUUGGUAAAACUUACUUAAAAUUAAGCCGUAAAGACGAAGCUAUUAAAUAUUUAAAAAUGACUACCGAAUACCCGGUACGUAAUGACGAUGAUCAGAAAGCUAAGCAAGAGGCGACUAAGAUAUUAAGUAGUAUUUAAUUUUCAAGAGUGAGUACCGGGAGUGAUAGUGGGGUAAGCGUGUAAUCAUUCUUAUCUUAUCAUUUAAUUUGUUUAUUAAAUAUUUUUUGUUUGGUAUUCAAACAUAUUUUAUCGAACGUUGUCUUUAAAAAUGACUUUUUCGUUUGACCAAUACGAGUUUUGAUUUUCUGGUAGGGCGAUUAGUCUAGUAAAUUAACACGACUAAUUGGUAAAUGUGAUUGAAAGUAUAUAUUUUUUAAACCUUUGUUUUUAUAAAACUUUAUCUGUGAUCAUGACAAUGAUAUUUAAAAUUUUUAUUGUUAUAUUGCAUAUAUUUUUUUUUGAAUGUAAGCCCAUAUUGGCUUUAAUAAUUUUUUUAAAUAUUUUAUAUUUUUUAUUAAAAAAUCCAACAAUUUAUGGAU